UUUUAUUCAUUCUUGUAAAUACAAAAGAAUGCGACUCUCUUUAAAGGCGCAAUAAUUUUUCCACUUGUUUUUCUUAAGGAAUAUUGAAUUGAAGACAUACAAAGGAAAAUGUAUUCCUUUUUCUUAAUAAGGUCACAUAUUAAAUCCAUUGUUCGUUUGUGGCAACAACAUCAAUUGAAGUUAGUAUUGCCAGCUACAGUUUCAAGGCGAAACUUUGCUCCCGGUUCAUCAUCCAAACUGUCAGCUCAAGAAAACCCUUCCUCCUAUCCAAAAACAGUUAGUGGAGCACGAUUAUACACCGGCGAGAAAAAGGAAAAUUCUAACUUAGAAGAUACGGAAGUCUCAAAUGCUGCUGAGGAUGUAGAUGACAUUGCUCAGAAUUUCAAGCAAUUGAUGAUGUAUAGCGAAGAGGAUGAUAUAAUAAGGAGAUUGAAUGCAUGUGACACAUCAAUACAGCUUAAAACGCUUUUGAAGGAAAUCCAUUCACAAAUGGGAAAAGAGCAUAUAGUGCAGGCAAUAAUUCUUCAAUGGAUGUUCUGUCGCCAAAAUGAUGAAGACAAUAAGAAGAAAAUAUUGAAAAAACUUUUACCUCUUCUUGGUGAAUAUAGUUCCGAGCUAAAUAUAAAUGAGAUUUGCACAUGUUAUUUAUAUUUGCGUAAAAUGGGUGUGGAUAGUUCGCACCCUCUGAUGGAGCAGCUACUUAUGAAGGUGCUUAAAAUCUUUGAAUCGCCUGAAGAAACGACUAGUUUGACAGCAAUGUCACGUCUUGUUGUAGGCAUUAACACUGGAAGAAAUUUUUUCACUCCCAUGUUGUGCGCAGACUUUAUGAGACACUUGCACUAUCAUGUACAAGAAUGUUGUAACGAAGACCAAGCUCGAAUGAUUGCCAUUUGUAUGUUGAAUCUUCAGCCCUUAAUCAGUGAUGAACUAAUGUCCCUUUAUAAGGAUAAGGUGAAACAACUCUUAGCAAGCGGUGAAAUCUCGAAACCGAAGACUGUUUUAAAAAUAUUAAAUAUGCUUAAUAUGACAGUAUGGUCCAACAAUCAUGUUUCUCUUAUUAAAGACUUGCUUCUAAUACUAAAGCCUGCUAUAAAGCAAAUGGAUGUGAACGACUUAAAGAAUAUAAGUCGUAUCUACCAGUAUCAUAUGGAGCCAGCCUGCAUGCAUGAACCCCUAUCUGACGCUCUGGAAGAACUACUGGCAACACACAUGUCUCCUGAAACCUUGGCCUGCUAUGUGCCUUUUUCACAGCCAAACAAUAGAGAUUCCUUAACAAAUGCCUUCAAAGCUCUUCUAUCAUCUGAGGACAGCUGGAACCAACCCAAUGCGACAGGCUUUUUAUUUUCUACUUUAAGAGCAUUAAAAAUUUCUGACUCAAAAAUCUGUAACGCUUACUGGAAUGGAGUAUUACGUGAACUAGACAAUAUUCCAGACAAUGAAAUGCACACAGUUUUUCUCAAACACUGCCAUCGCUACAUGAAUUUCAAUAACAAUUUAGGAGGAACUUAUCGACAUAUGUCUUUAGAAAAAAUACUGAGUCAACUAUGCAUGAGAGCCAUAGAACAUGAUGUGGUUGGAAGGAUACCACAGAAAUUUGCCCGUCUGGCCUCAUUUGUUUUGGCAUACGGCCACACACCCUACAGUUGGAAAAAGUAUCCCAAUAUUUUACUAUCCAAAAUCAUAACAAUGGCAGAUCAAUUUGCUCCAACUGAUUGCUUCCUCAUAAGUCGAGGUCUGCGAAUAAGUCUGGAAAUGAGGUAUCGCUAUCAAGUACCCCAACUGGUAAACAUGCAACUGGCUACAAUAGAUAGUGUUUUGGGAAGCUGCGUUGAGCGUUUCUUAAAUGAAAAUCAAUUGACUGUAAUGGAUCUCAAUGUGCUGGUUAGGACGUUAAUCAAUAGAAAAACUCUUCAAAAUAGCGUAGUGUACCACAGGACAUUGCAAAAAUAUAGAGAAAUACAGUCGCAAGAUUUAAAUUCGCGCAGCAUCAAAGAUAUGGCCUAUAACUUUUUGGCGACAAAUUAUUUUGUGCCCGAAAUAUUGGAGAACAUGUUUAAAUAUGUCCAAAAUAAUAAUGAGCACAUUUUGGGCGAGACUGUUGAGAAAAUAUUAUCGUGUGCCUAUAAUUUGGGUUAUACACCGCAAACGAAUGAGCCAUUGGAAUAUGCCGGUCUAAUAUUGCUGAGAGAUUUCAACUACAUGAGUGGGUUGUCGUUGGUCCAGGCCUGCUUAUCCUUAUGUUUUUAUAAAACAAUCCCAGAAGAACUAAUAAAUAAAGUAUUCUGUGUGAAGUUCAUUCAACGAGUCGAAGAAGAAAUCCAAAUGUGUUACUCCAAGGCCACAUAUCCUGAAAGAGUAUUAAAUAUUGUGAUGCAGCUUAAUCGUAGUGUAUGUUUAGAUUUCCCAGAGGCUAAUGUUCCUUGGUUUCAACAAAAUUUUAUUGAAGCACAAAUGAGUAAAAAACCUUUUGCGGAAACGCCUUUUAACAGCGACGUAAAAAGUUUAUUGACUUCCGUGCUCAAGGAUAAAUCGUACCUUCGCUGUAAUCAUACAACGCCAUAUGGUUAUCAGAUUGAUUUUGUGAUAAAUUUUGAUAAAAACCACAAACCCAUUCAGGCGCCCGUGGAGACAACAAUGUUAGACCGGAUAACAAAAGUUGCAAUUUUGUUACUCAAACUCGAUUCGUUUUGUGCAAAUGACUUGAAUGCGCUGCGGGGACCGGACACAUUAAAAAUAAAACACUUGGAAAUGAUGGGCUAUAGGGUGCUACAUAUAAACGAACAUGAUUGGAAUACAAAAUAUAUGAAUGCGCCUGGCGCCAAAAAGAAAUACCUGAAAUGUCUACUGCAAAUUUCAAAUUGAUAUCUAUUUCCCAAUGAG